AUGAGUAGAGGGCCGUUGCCCUCGGAGCUAUGUCUACUGUCUUCGCUGCCUAGCCGUAAGAUUGAUGACAAGGUGCGGUUCCUUGGUUGCGUCACUGCUUAUUCGACGAUCACCGCCUGCAUCACGCUAGGCCAUCUGUACCCCCGAGGCACCAAUGUCGCGGUGACGGUCAAUGUCGAGCUGCUGCUGGAGACGCUGGCGUCUGAGGCGACGCGCACUGGCGAAUGGGUCAACGUGAUUGGAUACGUCAAGGGUGUCGUCGGUCGCGAGGCGGCAGCAGUGCAGGCGCUGAUGGUCUGGCCGGCCGGGCCGAUGGACAUUCAGCAGUACGAGGCAGCGCUUGACAACGUGCAAGGCGGCGGCGGCGGCGGCGCUGAAAGGAGUUUGUGA